AUGCCAACCUACACCCACCUCAGUCCCGACGAAGCCUCCCACUUCGUCGAGCACGGCUGGCUACGUAUCCCGAAUGCCAUCGACCCGAAAUACCUCUCGUGGCUCGACAACCUCUGGGUCCGGCUCGGCAUGGAUGCCAAUGACAAGUCGACCUGGACCGAGGAAUACGUCAAGCUCCCUCGUCAUCGCGAGGUGCGAUGUGAGGACUUCUGCCCGUCUGCCUGGGGCAAGAUAUGCGAGAUUGUGGGCGGGGAAGACAAGAUUGAUCCGGUCAGAGAGAGGUAUUAUGGGGAUCAGUUUAUCAUCAAUUUCGGGACCGAGGAGAGAUUGGGAAAGAGUCAUAGUCCACAGGAAUUGAACGGAUGGCAUACCGAUAAUGACUGGUACCGCCAAUUCCUCGAUGCGAGCGGUAACGCCUUGACGCUCAUUUUCUGCUUUACCGAUAUCCCGGCAGGCGGCGGCGGAACCUGCCUCAACGAAGACGGGAUUAAGCCCCUGUGCGAGAGGUUCUACAAUACUCCAGAAGGCCUCGAUCCCCCUUUUGACAACAUCUACACCCACUGCACCAAGGGAAACAAGUAUACAGAGGUGACGGCCAAAGCCGGAGACCUGCUCGUAACCCACGGGAUGCUGCCGCACUCGCACUCGCCCAACCACCUCCACUACGCGCGGGUCAUCACGAACCCACACGUCAACCUCUCCGAGCCAUUCAACUUGAACCGGUCCGAUGGCGACUACACACUUUGCGAACAGGUCAUUCUGCGGGCGCUCGACCGCUCUUCUGUUCCGGAAUACGUCCCCACUCGCCCUCGGUUAUCGUUCUAUCCCCGUACGGCAUUCUUCAAGCGCGAAAAAGUCCGGGCAGAGCUCGACCGCCUCAUUGCAGACGCAAAGGCAAAGGGGUUACCAGAGACCGCUGUGGAUUCAGUAUACCUCCGUGGCGAGGAGGCUAUUGCGGAACAUGAAAAGCGGAACGGAUACGAUAAGACUUGGGGCCCGAACGGCGUCGCGGCAAGUAUGCGCGACGACGUCAUGCAUGUCCCCGUGACUGGGCGACAUGUUCUGGUCUAA